AUGUCUCCCAUGAACAACUGGUUGGGGUUCUCUCUCUCCCCUCAACAACUCCCAUCUCAUGAAGAUCACUCCCAACCCUCAGUCUCUCCCCUUGGUUUCAACUCUGAUGAAAUCUCCACCACCCAUCAUCAUGUCUCAGCUCAUGAAUGCUUUGAUCUCUCUUCUGACUCCACCAUCCCCUCUCUCAACCUCCCACCCCCUUUUGGCAUACUAGAAGCCUUCAACAGAAACAAUCACUCACAAGAUUGGAAUAUGAAGGAUAUGAGUAUGAACUCGGAGUCUAACUAUAAAAGCAGCACCUCAGAGCUGUCUAUGAUAAUGGGUAGUUCAUGUACUAGUCAGAACAUGGAAACCCAAGCAGGUCCAAAGCUUGAAAACUUUCUAGGUGGAGGGCACUGUUUGGCUGAUCAGCAAGAUCACAAGCUUGGUGGGUGCAACUCCAACUCCAUUAAUAGCUCAGCUUACAACAAUGGUGAAUCUGGAGAUUACUUGUACUCCAACUGCUCACUGGAGCUUCCUUCUUCGGAGCCGAAAGCCGGUGGUGUUCGACCAACUGAUCAUGGCUCGGGUGGCGUGAAUGGUAGCUCCAUUGGCCUUUCUAUGAUCAAGAACUGGCUGAGGAACCAGCCCGAAGGCAAGAGCGAUGGCGGCGUGGCCAGUACCAGAGGGACUAACGCAACCCUAACGAGUACUGGCGGCCAGACUCUGUCGCUUUCGAUGAGUGGCAGUGGUGGUGGAGGAGAGAGUUCCUCGUCUGAUAAUAAGCAGCCUAAGGCGGUGGUGGCUGUGGCGGCGGCCGCAGUGGAGGGACAAAGUGGCGGUGCUCUAGAGUCUGUGCCUCGCAAGUCUAUUGAUACAUUUGGACAGAGAACUUCUAUCUACCGUGGUGUUACAAGGCAUAGAUGGACUGGUAGAUAUGAGGCUCAUCUGUGGGAUAACAGUUGCAGACGAGAAGGACAGACUAGGAAAGGAAGGCAAGGAGGAUAUGAUAAAGAAGACAAGGCAGCUAGGGCUUAUGAUUUGGCAGCACUGAAAUACUGGGGAACCACGACCACUACAAAUUUUCCUAUUGGUAACUAUGAGAAAGAGGUGGAAGAAAUGAAGCACAUGACAAGACAAGAAUAUGUUGCAUCUCUCAGAAGGAAGAGCAGUGGGUUCUCUCGCGGUGCAUCAAUAUACCGGGGCGUGACAAGACACCACCAGCAUGGAAGAUGGCAAGCUAGGAUUGGAAGAGUUGCAGGGAACAAAGAUCUUUACUUGGGAACUUUCAGCACUCAAGAGGAGGCAGCCGAGGCCUAUGACAUCGCUGCAAUCAAGUUCCGAGGACUGAAUGCAGUGACAAACUUCGACAUGAGCAGAUAUGAUGUCAACAGCAUACUGGAGAGCAGCACAUUACCAAUAGGAGGAGCUGCAAAGCGUCUGAAAGAUGCCGAACAGGCUGCAGAGAUGACGGCCAUGGACACACGUAGGGCAACCGAUCACGACAACCUAAUAGCUUCACACCUCACUGAUGGAAUCAACAACUAUGGCAGCUCUCACCCCGGUUGGCCCACAAUUGCAUUCCAACAACCACCUCAGACAUUUAGCGUGCAACAACACUACCCUUAUGGUCAACAAAGGGUGUGGUGCAAGCAAGAACAAGAUGUUAAUUUCCAAGACAUCCAUCAGCUCCAAUUGGGAAGUGGCACUCACAACUUCUUUCAGCCCUCUGUGAUGCACAACCUCAUGAGCUUGGACUCUUCGUCGUUGGAGCAUAGCUCGGCCUCCAACUCUGUCAUCUACAGCAGUGGAGGCGUGGACGGAAGUGGAAAUGGGAAUGGAAAUGGUAGUUUUGGAUACGGGACUAAUGGGGGCUAUGUAAUGCCAAUUAGUACAGUUGUUGCUCAUGAAGGCACUAGCAAUGAGGUGAAUGGUUUUGUGGAAAAUCAUGACCAAAACAUGUUUGGUUCGUCGGAUUCUUAUCAAGCGAGGAACUUGUACUAUCUUUCGCAGCAAUCAUCGUCUGGUGGCGCUGUGAAGGCCGGCCUGUAUGAUCAGAGCUCGACGUGCAACAAUUGGGUGCCUACCGCAAUUCCAACUAUAGCGCCAAGGACUAGCAACAUGGCAGUUUGUCAUGGAGCUCCAACAUUCACUGUGUGGAAUGAUACAUAG